CCUCUAAAACUAGGGUUUUCCGAGAGACGAUCACAGAGAUCUCGCAGAGAGAAAGGUAGGUUCGUGAACAUGCCGGCCGGACAUGGACUUCGAUCGAGGACUCGAGAUCUCUUCGCCAGGCCCUUCAGGAAGAAGGGUUACAUUCCUUUGACCACAUAUCUGAGAACCUUCCGCAUCGGAGAGUACGUGGACAUCAAGGUAAACGGCGCCAUCCACAAGGGCAUGCCCCACAAGUUCUACCAUGGCCGCACUGGUAAGGUCUGGAACGUUACUAAGCGCGCCAUCGGCGUCGAAGUAAACAAGCAGGUGGGUAACAGGAUUAUCAAGAAGCGGAUCCAUGUGCGUGUGGAGCAUGUGCAACCUUCAAGAUGCACUGAGGAAUUCCGUCUGAGGAAGUUGAAGAAUGAUGAAUUGAAGACAGCUGCAAAGAAGAACGGUGAAAUCAUCAGCACAAAGAGGCAGCCAGAGGGCCCUAAGCCAGGUUUCAUGGUGGAAGGUGCAACUUUGGAAACUGUUACUCCGAUCCCCUAUGAUGUUGUCAACGAUCUCAAGGGUGGUUAUUAGGUACUCGUUUUCUCAUUAUGUUAUCGUUUAGACUGUUGUUCAUUGUUGAUGAAGAGAUGUUUUAUUUUUGGAACACCAGCAGAGUUUUCUUAUUUACAUUUGGGGUUUAGUUACAAGAAUAGAGAAUCAACAAUUUUUGGUGCUAUCAUUUA